AUGGGGUGUAAGAAGCCGACACAGAAUCACAAGAAGGGGCUUUGGUCACCAGAUGAAGACCUCAAGCUCAAAAACCACAUCAUGAAACAUGGUCAUGGCUGCUGGAGCUCCAUUCCUAUCAAUGCAGGUCUGGAAAGGAAUGGAAAGAGUUGCAGAUUGAGGUGGAUUAACUAUCUAAGGCCGGGACUGAAGCGAGGGGCGUUUAGCUUCCAAGAGGAGGAGAAGAUCUUGGCCCUUCAUCAAGUUUUAGGAAACAAAUGGUCUCAGAUAGCUUAUUACCUACCUGGAAGAACUGAUAAUGAGAUAAAAAACUACUGGCAUUCUUACCUUAAGAAAAGAGUGUCAAAACUGGAACCAACCUCUUCUUCUACUUCGAAGUCGGGUCAAAAAAAUUGUAGCUUCCAGUCUCUAGAAAACAUGGAAGGAUCAUCAACGGACCACCAACAAGGAGCUGAGAAAUGCAUCUUACCAAAAGUCCUUUUUGCUGAGUGGCUGUCUCUUGACCAGUUCAAUGGCUCUUCUUCCAGCAUUGCACAGGUCGACUGUGGAAGCUCGAAUUCUGAAGAUUCUUCGGCUCACGGCCAGCAGCUGAGCAGAGAGAUGCUCGGUGCGUUCCACAGUAAACCAAACUUUGUUUGUGUUGAUGAUAUGCUCCAAUCAGCAUUCGGAUUCGAGGAUCAGAUCUCGGAGAGUGGUCUGGUGGAUUAUUUCCAGGGAGUUUUUGACUUUUGUUGUGAUGAAUUGUAUAUGUGA